AUGCCCUCUCCCUCACACUCCCUGAUCCUGCACUGGCACUCCUUUCAACUCCGUUUUCACAAUGGUCACGGCUCCUUCGAAUACAACGUCGGGCGAAGCGCUGGUGGCAUGCCACUGGGCAGCCAGUACUUCUCCCAUACGAGGAACACUGCGCAUCCCGAAACUCCUUCAACCCUUUUCCAUCGGUGCUCGUUUUUGUAUUGUGCACAGCAGUGCCGCUUAGUCGGGAUUUCGCUUCAUACCCUGUACUUCCACCACUUAAGGCUCACAACAGUGCCGACAGUCAACGCAACCGUCCUUAAGGGAGCCGAGGGGAAACAAAAGGAAAUACAAAAUUCGGGCCGUCCACGCUCGCGUACACAGAGGUUCAAAACGCCCACGAAAACGCAUACCUCCAUAUAUUUAUAUUCAUCCUCCGGAGACCAAAGAGGUGUACAGACCCCGAUAAAAUAG